CUUCAAUCUCUCCCACCUCCUCCCACCGUCAUUACCUCGGUCGCAUCUUCAUCCUACCACUCACUCUUCCCAGACGCACGAUGAUGCUGCGCCAGACUCUCCUCCGCCUUCCUCGGGUCGCUGCGCCCAUGCGCGCCCGCGCCAUGUCCUCCGUCCCGGCCAAUGUCCAGGAGUGGAUCGACGACAUGAAGUCCCGUCCACCCCAAGUCGACAUCGACGUGAUCGAGGCCGGGCGCGCGAGCAAGCUCCGCACUACGCUGCCACUGCAGAACGAGGCUGCGGGGGCGAACGUGGACAGUGGCUUCCUCCCCAAGGGACACAACCUGGUUUACUGGCAGCCGCGAUCGUUCAUGGACGAGCUCGCACCAGACGGGACUUCCACGGAGUACAAUGCGCCUGAGCCGUACAAGCGGCGCAUGUGGGCGUCGGGAUCGUGGGAGUGGCGGCGCGGUGCCGGCCUCACAAUCGGCGGCAAGGUGUGCCAGUCGACUGUCGUCAAGAACGCCGAAGUCAAGGGCCCCAUGAUGUUUGUCUACACCCAGCGCGACCUCUUCGACUCCGAGAAGCCUGAGGGCGACUGGGUCAUCCGGGAGGAGCGCACCCACGUCUUCUUCCCCGAGGCGAAGAAGAGCGACCCCGGGACGAACAAGCCUAAGAAGAAGCCCAUGGCAUCCGACAUGCCCAAGGCCGACGUCGAGCAGACGUACACGCCCACGUCCCCCCUUCUGUUCCGCUAUUCUGCGUUGACAUGGAACGCGCACAAGAUCCAUUACGACAAGGACUGGACGCGCGAGGUCGAAGGUCACCCCGACCUGGUCGUACACGGCCCUCUGACCGCGCAGCUGCUCGUUGAGGUGGCGGGCAACGCUGCCCAGGACGCAGCGGGCGUGCUCAAGAAGUUCGAGUACCGCGCCACGCACCCCAUGUAUGUCAACAAGCCGAUCACCCUCAAGGCCGCGUGGGAGGGCCCGCGGGGAUCCAAGCUCGUGCUCUGGGCCGAGCAGGAGGGCGUCGUGGGCAUGAAGGGGACAGCGGACGUUGAGGCGGCGUGAUUGUAACCAUUGCAUGCAGAAGUAGCACAGGC